GGUAUAAAUCUUUCAACCCAAGGGUAUGGCUGGUCAGCUUCAGUGCCUAAUUUGCAAGUUUUGAGCUUGUCAAAUUGCUAUCUUUCUGGGCCGAUUGAUUCUUCUCUGAUGAAACUCAAGUCUCUUUCUGUCAUACGGCUUGAUCAGAAUAUUUUCUCAGUUCAAAUCCCUGAGUUCUUUGGGGAUUUUCCCAAUCUGACUGUCUUGAGUUUAAGCACCUGCGGAUUCUCUGGAGUAGUUCCACAGAAAAUAUUCCAGGUACCAACUCUUCAAACUCUUGACUUGUCCAACAACAGGGAUCUUCUAGGUUCUCUGCCCGAAUUCCCCGCAAAUUCAUCUAUUCAAAAUCUGUUGCUCAGUUACAAUCAAUUCUCAGGAAGGUUACCAUAUUCCAUUGGUAACCUUAAAAUGUUAUCCCAGUUGGACUUGAGAGCUAACAACUUUACAGGGCCAAUCCCAAGUUCAGUGGAAAGCCUUACCAGCCUUGUUUCUAUAGACUUGUCUGCCAAUUACUUCAAUGGUUCUGUUCCAUCUUUUCAUCUUUCCAAAAAUCUUACAUACAUCAACCUUCCAAAGGAUAAGACUUGAUAAUCUUGAGUUUCUUCACUUGCGUGAGAAUUCGUUGGAGGGGCAAAUUCCUGAAAAUCUAUUCUUGAUGCCAUCACUUACAUCCUUGUCUCUUGCCUUCAACGAAUUUUCUGGUCAAAUUAGUGAAGCAGUAAACAGUCAGCCUUUCCGAUUGGCCGCAAUUCAUUUGCAAAACAAUAACUUAGAAGGGCCGGUGCCUCGGUUUCUAUUUGGUUUACCUAACCUUACCACUCUAAGUCUUGCUUGGAACCAAUUCAAUGGAACAUUAGAGUUGCUCGAUUUUGGAAAGCUACCCCAACUCACUUCUCUUGAUCUUUCAUACACCAAUUUGGUUAUUGACACAACCACCAGUUAUGCUCUGCCUUCUUUGCUUCCCAAAUUUCAAACUUUGAUGUUAGCUUCAUGCGGCAUAAGAAAGUUCCCACCCUUACAGAAUCAGUCAGGAAUUAUGAUGCUAGACCUUUCAAACAAUGAAAUAGAGGGCAAUAUACCUAGCUGGCUAUGGGACGUUGGAAAUGGAUUUCUUCGCUUUUUGAAUCUUUCUCAUAAUCAGUUGACACAUUUUCAAGAACCUUACACUUUCGGCUAUCUGAAUUUACUUGAUCUGCAUUCAAAUUUCCUCACAGGGAAACUUCCAUUACCAACAUCUAUAACCUUUCUGGAUUUAUCAAGCAACAAUUUCGAUUCUUCAUUCCCUGCAGACAUUGGUAAUCACCUAAAAGAUGCUAGGUUUUUCUCAGUUGCAAACAAUAAGCUGGUGGGUAGCAUUCCUGAAUCACUGUGCAAUGCAACUAGGCUUAAAUUACUUGACUUAUCCAACAAUACCUUAAGCAACACAAUACCGCCAUGUUUGUUGGGAAAUAGCCAAAACUUUGGAGUGUUUAAUCUAAGACGAAACAACCUCAGUGGCUAUAUACCCGAAGUAUCUUUUCUUUACAGCUGCAGAUUAGAAACUUUUGAUCUAAGUUGGAACUACUUGGAAGGGAAAGUUCCGGCAUUUUUGUCCAGCUGCAAUAAUCUAGAGGUCAUAAACCUCGGCAACAACAGACUAGACGGUACCUUCCCGUGCUGGAUAAACAAUCUGACAAGCCUGCGCCUGCUUGUGUUGCGUAACAACCACUUCCACGGAAGCAUUAGCUGUCCUGGAAACAACUAUACCUGGCCAAGUCUUCAGCUGGUUGAUCUUGCUGUAAACAACUUCAGCGGCGCUGUACCAAGGGAUCUUUUCUUGAGUUUGAAGGAAAUGUCAGUUCCAGAGGAUGAUCCCAAUGCUCAGCUUGAUCAUCUACGAUAUGAUACGUUCCUUGGUGAUCAAAUAUACUAUGUAGACUCAGUCUCAGUCGUCCUGAAAGGCGUGGAUUUCGAACUGCAGAAGAUCCUGACCAUCUUUACAUCCAUUGACUUCUCCAGCAAUCAUUUCCAAGGCAAUGUGCCUGAAACAGUUGGUGAUCUCCAAAGGCUGUACCUUCUUAACUUGUCACACAAUGGUUUUGCUGGUCCAAUCCCACAGUCAAUAGGAAACUUGAAGGAGCUGGGGUCAUUAGACCUGUCAGUCAAUCAUCUGAAUGGGGAAAUCCCGACAAAUUUCAGGCCUUACAUUCCUAUCAUUCUUGAACUUUUCUUACAAUGAGCUGGUUGGAAUGAUACCUGGGGGUAGACAGAUGCAGACAUUUACAGAAAGUAGCUUCCUUGGAAACAGUGGAUUAUGUGGUUUUGCUGUCAACAGAUCAUGCAAUUCUACAGCAACUUCAACAGAAUUUCCAGGUGUAGCAACUGAGGAGGAAGAAUCGGUUUCCAAGAGUGACAUUUACAUCAGUGCAGCAAUAGGAUUUGUUGUGAGCCUUUCACUCAUUUAUUGGUCAUUUUUGUUCUGUAAAAGACGGAGGGAAUGGUGUGACCACCAUCUUGACAUAUUUGUUCUUAAAAUUCUCCUCCAGACGCACAAAUGAGACAACGAAAAAGAAAAUGAAUACGGUUACCAUUUUAUUUCAUGCUUUUUUCAUCUUACAAGUGUAAAUUAAAGGCAAGGCUAGAAUGUACAAAUAUAGUUUCAACAGAUAUCUUUCAAGAACUUGUGUUAGUAUAUAAUAACCCAUCCUAAAUCAUGAGAUAAAAUAUUUAAAAAAAAUUAGAGAAAAAACAGUAACUGAGGGCUGAAGCUUUUUUUUAUUUUUUAUUUUUUUUCAAAAAAAGAAAUCGCAUUUUUCAAAAAAAAAGAAAAAAGAAAAAAGGAAAUGGCACUGAGUUCGUAUAUUAAAACAGGAAUCAUAAGCGCCAAACCAACAAGGCAACAACUCAUAUCGAACCCGCGAAACGCCGGACUUAGAAGGUGGCGCCACCGCGAUCGUUGAACCCAACUUCCAAUACACGGGAGACGGGACUACCAUAACACCGGCAGCCAUGGAGCCGAUGGAGCUUGAUGGCGUACCUACUGCUUCUCCAGAUAAGGGAGAAGAGGGAGGUCAGAUAGCAGUAAUAAUGAUUGGGCCUCCAGGUAGUGGAAAAUCCACAUUCUGUGACCACCUCAUUCGGAUUUCUCCCCGACCCUGGGUCCGCAUUUGCCAGGUUCGUGAUGUGUGCCUCGACCUAGACGUUCGCCUGUUACCUGUUUGCUGAAUUGCUUCGCUGGAUUUCUUAUCACUGUAUGCAUUACUCUAUGAUUAUCUCUUGGUUCAAUAAUUAAUAUGGUUCUGUUUGACAUGGCUUAGAUGAAAAAACACAACUAACCUUGUUCGCUUUGCACUUUUAGUUGACAAUUCUGUCUUACUCAUGUUUCUGAUUCCUUUUCAUUAGAUAGUUUCAUUGAGAGGGCCAUUGCGGAUAUUCUUUUGUCAAAAGGAGAAAAAGGAAAAAUGAACCCUUUGAAGUUAAAAGUGUGGAGGUAAUUAUUAAAGAAAGCAUAAAGCAAGUGAUUCUUCGCGUGUGUGCAUAUAUUAGGCUUUGUUGAAUAUGGCAUGGAAUCCAGUGCAAUAGUGAAUGAUAGAUUCGGAUAGAAGGCGCUAACAAAGGUAUUAGUGUUGUGUUGGAAUACAGUGAUAAUGAAUGCUAGAAACCAACUUUUGCUUAGAAUUUAAAUUAUCUGUGCAAUCACUUUGUUUCUUGUUUCUAAAAUUCAGGAUACCAUUGGAAACGGUAAGCCUGGGACUAAAACACAGUGCAUAAUGAGUGCAGCUAGUGCGCUAAAAGAAGGAAAAAGUGUGUUAAUUGAUAGAUGCAACAUAGACAGAGAACAGCGAGCAGACUUUCUGAAACUUGGUGGGUCUGGAGUGCAGAAGCAUGCAGUGGUGCUUGAUCUUCCUGCAAAACUUUGUAUAUCUCGUUCUGUCAAGAGAACUGAUCAUGAAGGAAACUUGCAAGGCGGAAAGGCAGCUGCUGUUGUGAAUCGCAUGCUGCAAAAGAAAGAAGCUCCUAAGCUGAGUGAAGGUUUCAGUCGGAUUACAUUUUGCUACAUCGAAAAAGAUGUUGAAGCCGCCAUCAAUAUGUACAGUGCACUUGGUCCUGGAGACACACUUUCAUCAGGCUGCUUUGGCCAGAAGAACCCAGAAGCCAAAAUUCAACUUGGUAUAAUGAAAUUCCUUAAAAAGGUAGACCCUCCGGGUAAAGAUAGACUUGUAGGAAGUAAUUCUCAGAAUUCUCCUUGUAGUAAGACCGCUGAAGAGAAGGAUUCUGACCUGGGAAGGCUAGGGAAUCAUUCAGCUCCAUUGGAACACAUCCACCAGGACAAGAAGGAUUCAGCAAACUCAGAAAGUGCUACACUAAGUGGUAUAAUAUCUGUAGAUAGUGUUCCCACCUUAGCGUUUCCAUCUCUCUCUACUGCUGAUUUCCACUUCAAUCUUGAGAAGGCAUCCGAUAUUAUCGUUGAGAAAGUUGGAGAAUUCGUGACUAAGUUGGGAAAUGCUAGACUUGUUUUGGUAGAUUUGUCUCACGGAUCAAAAAUAUUGUCUCUAGUUCGGUCUAAAGCUGCACAAAAGAACAUUGAUCCAAACAAAUUCUUCACUUUUGUUGGAGAUAUCACUAGGCUCUACUCUGGCGGGGGCUUGUGCUGCAAUGUAAUUGCUAAUGCUUCCAAUUGGCGACUAAAGCCUGGAGGUGGAGGAGUCAAUGCAGCUAUAUAUAGUGCUGCCGGCCCUGAACUAGAAAGUGCGACCAAGGAAAUAGCAGCAUCUCUUGCACCUGGAAAAGCUUUGAUUGUUCCUCUUCCUUCAACUUCACCGUUAUCCGUAAAGGAGAGGGUAACCCAUGUAAUUCAUGUCCUCGGACCAAAUAUGAAUCCACAAAGGCCGAACUAUCUGAACAAUGAUUAUGUCAAAGGCUGCAAAAUAUUACGAGAAGCAUAUUCAUCAUUGUUUGAAAGUUUUGCUGCCAUUCUCCGUACCAAAAAGAGUUUGCCACAAGAAAGUAAUGAAAUUUCUUUGGGUUCGCAAAAUCCUCUGGGAAGAAAUUGUUUUGAUAGUGAUCAGAAAGUCAAGAGAGAAGCAGUUGAUGAAUGUGAAAUGAACAAAAAGUCAAAGUCACUUCUAAAAGAAGUUAGACAUCAUGUUAGCCAUACUGUGGACCAGAAAGCGAACUUUGAGACCGAAAAACCUGAAAGGUUGGAGGGGAUUUUGGGGAAAACUGGAACUUAUGCCAAGCAUUCAGGGGAUAAACGAGACAGCAGGGAUGAAACUGGUUCAAAGAAAGUCUGGGGCUCGUGGUCUCAGGCCCUGUACCAAAUCGCCAUGCACCCUGAGAAGCAUUCUAAAGAUGUAAUACAAAUUUUGGAUGAUAUCGUGGUGCUUAAUGACCUUUAUCCAAAGGCGCGCAAGCAUUUGUUAGUGCUGGCUCGAGUUGAAGGUCUUGAUGGACUUGCAGAUGUAUGCAAAGAGCAUCUUCCUUUACUAAACAAGAUGCAAGAAGUUGGCCUGAAGUGGGUAGAAAGGUUUCUGAAUGAGGAUAAAUCAUUAAUAUUUCGUUUGGGUUAUCACUCGGUAAGCAUGAAUCGACUGCCAAAAUUAGUUCUUUCCAUUCACACCAUCCUUUGCAUGUUUUCCUUAUUAUGUUGGAUGGAACAUCAGGUGAAGGCCUGGAACAAAAGGAUUCGAUGCCCCUGGCUCUCCCCCUUGUAUAGCAUACAAAUAUUUCUUCACAAAACCGCGUAAAAAAUAGCUACCUUAUUGUGGAUGUGCUGCUAUUGUUGUUAAACCUCUUCAUCUGCCACUGUCAAUCAGGAUGUUUGUUUUACUCUAUCUCUGUUGCAGGUUCCAUCAAUGCGACAAUUGCACUUGCAUGUUAUUAGCCAAGAUUUUGAUUCCAAACAUCUAAAGAAUAAGAAGCACUGGAAUUCAUUCACCACGCCAUUUUUCCGUGACUCGGUUGAUGUGAUGGAGGAAGUAAACAAACACGGAAAGGCCAUCAUCAAAGACGACGAGAGCUUCCACUCUAUGGAGUUGCGUUGCCAUAGGUGCCGGAGUGCACAUCCCAACAUACCCCGCCUGAAAACCCAUAUCAGUAAAUGUCAAGCACCUUUCCCCAAUGUUCUAGUAGAGAAUGGUCGGCUGGUAUUUAGCCCGGAUCAUCUGAAUAAGUGCGUACACAGUUCAUAAGCAUUGCUUCUAUUUGAACUUGGUCUAUGAAUCUAACUAGAUGUGAAAUUUACAUUUCUCAAGAUCUUGACUUACGGCAUCGCCACCUCACCAUUCAUCCAAGGAGAAUCUUUAACUUCACAUUCGAACUUUACUCAAGUAAUAAUCGGUUACACUAAAGUCAC